AUGACGACUCAAUUAAAGAGGAUUGGAUUAAUCGAGCUAACAAACUUCCAGAAUGAUCGAUCAUAUGAUGUGACAGUAAGCGAUAUCUAUUCAGAUUCGGAGAAAACGAAUAGAAUUGCUCGAGUAAUCGUCGCUGAGCCAUGGGGCACUUCGUGCAUGUACUCUCAUUUGAAGCAAGUCAAUUUCAAAGUGAACACAUUGAAAAUUUCGGUGGAGAACAUUUCCGAUAUUGCAUGCGUGUUGAAACUUAUUAAAUGCGACCAUUUGGAUUUGUAUUAUUAUGGCGUCGAGAAUCUCGAGAGAAAGCUCGCCGUCAUACCGCAAUGCUAUAAAUCGAUGACAAUUCGAUUGUGGUUCAAGAAGCUUCCCGUUGGAAUUUCGAGCAUUCCUCAGAUUCGAAAUCUCGAAACGCUCUCGAUUUUUGACUAUGAGAAGCACAAAAAUUUACAUAAUGCUUCUUCGAUUGACGAGGAGAAGCUUCGAAGUGUCACUAUGGAUUAUAUUCGCGAGGAGAUUCCAAAGGCUGCGAUGAUCUCGUUGAGCACAAAUCAAUUUGUGUGCAUCCCAAAAAUUUUCAAAGAAUUCAAAUACAAGCAUUUGGGAAGAAGAUGUCCGAUAAACGACGAGAAAUCGAUAUUGUCGCUGGGCAAAAUCGAGUUCGGCACCCAAUAUGUUCUAAUCAUCGAUGAUCGCGCUCAGCGGGCUUCCGGCAAAUUCUCGCUGUAUGUCGCCGUCGUUGAAUGGUGUCAAAUGUUGCCGAAAGCGAAAUACUACGGGAUUCUGACGAAGAACGAGCUUCCGAUGUGGAAUCGAUUGCCGGUGGAGUUGCAAAAUCAAAUUGUUGAGAAUUUGGACGUUCGCACAAGGCUCGUUGAUCCUCGAAAUUUUAUGUAUAAUGUCGAGCGACGCGCGAAAAUCAAAAUCGAUCGUCUCGAUUUUGAGGAGGAGAUCGAGGAGGCUUCAAAUGAGCGAUUAAUUCGAAUCAAAAUUUGGAUUGCGUCCGAAUUGAGCAACAAACCAUUCAAUUUGCUCGACUAUUUCGACAAUCGCGAACAGUUUGGCAAAUUUGCGACGCGAAUUAAUCACCCACAACCUAAUUAUAGAUAUCAAGGCACAAUUGUGAAGCUCGCCAUCAUCGCCAACACCAAAAUUUUGGCGGACGUCGCCGUGAUUCUCGAGCGAUUAUUGGCGAAAGCCAAUUGGAACGUGUUUCACGUGUUUCUCUCGGUGGUAAUUCGCGCCAAUUUGGGUGAUUUUACUGGUGAGGGACCGCCAAUUUUCCAGAUGAACACCGCCUAUUUGAAAUCGAUCAUCGAGAGGAUCAACAUGAGAUCGUUUUCGGCUCGCUUCAUCGAUAUUCCCGAUUUGAUGAGCACGUUGCGAAUGGUGCCGGCCAAUUUGAGCGCGUUGUAUUUGGAGAUGCACAAUCAUUUGCGAAGUGCCGAUUUGACGGAAGACGUGCUUGCGAUGCCGCAGGUGAAAAAUGCGGAAAAAGUGUUCCUCAUGAAUUACGCGCGGCUCAGCGUCGAGACAUUCUUCGCGUGGAAAGCGAAGACGAUCGACAUCUACACGGACGAGUUGAAAGAGAGGGAUAUUCUCAAAUUUCUAAUGAAAAUCGCCAAUGGCAAUUAUCGUGAGACGGGCGUAUUUUUGUCGCUCGAAUCGGAAAUCGAAUUGGAUGUUCGACGCAUUUUGACGAGAUUCGAGUUUUUGGAGCUUGGCAACGAUCCGGGGGAGAUUUGCCCGAUGAUCACAAAAACGCCGGAAAAUGAGCAUUUGAAGACGCAUUUAAAUAUUUAUCAGCCUCGGCCGAAUCGCAAAAUUGCCUUCAGAUUUUUGUUCACGAUGGCGUUUGUCGAUUUCAGCGCCGAUCGACGACACCAACAUCAUUAUUUUGCGAUUUCGGCCACCAAAUAA